AUGGACUGUACUCUUUGGACUGUACUCUUUCAUGGACUGUAUUAUUUUAUGGACUGUAUUACAUUCCGUAUCCACUUUCAGCUCCCAUUUGUCAGCCCAAAGCCCCUAUUUUGUAACAAUUUUUUUUUUGCGGAGCAUCUCCACAUUGCUUUCGCUGUGCAUCGUCACAUUAGCCGAAAAUCCCAUGCAACGAAAAGUGGAGCGUAUUCCCAUGCGUCUAGGGCCGCAACGUUGAGUUUUGGCGACUUCCGUUCUGGGCAUAUUUUUACCCCCCUUGCUCGUAAAUAUGGUAGCGGCAUCGAUGCGAAGCGGAUUAAUUUCUCCAAGGCGACACCAAUAGCCAAUGGGAAAAGACGAGGCUCCAAGAUAAAGGCCGGCCCUGCAGAAAAAAAGUGUGAAAGUGUGCACAGAGGGUCUUCUAUGCGGGCAUUUUCUCGACUCGAGGUGCCAAUGCACAGUAAUUUGGAUCCGCCAUGCAUCGUGUUCCGCCUAAAAUUUGUUGCUUCGCUAAUACUUGACAGGCCGCCCCAUUUUUGGAAUUUGUCCAACCUAUUUAUCUUUUGA